CAUGGCCCAGGCCCCUUACUACCUAAAAGCUCAGAGUGAUACAACGGCAGAGAGAGCACUAUCAAAGACUGAGACGGGAAGCGAACACCACUAGCUACAUCAUGGCAUAGAAUAGUGGCUAAGUCCCACUUCCACGGGUCCUUGCACAUCACACUUCUUGCUGUGCAUAUGGCAUUAGGGAAUGCAAACCAAUCAGCGUGAGUGCAUCUCCAUUCACGUUGGCCAGGCUGGAGUUCAGAUUGGCAAUGCAUGCUGGGAACUCUUCUGUCUGGAACAUGGCAUUCAGCCAGAUGGCACCUUCAAGAAUCAGUCCAACAAAAACAAUGAUGACUCCUUUAAUACAUUUUUCAGUGAAACAGUCACAGAAAAGCAUGUGCCACGGGCUGUCAUGGUGGAUUUGGAACCAACUGUAGUAGAUGAAGUGCGUGCUGGUGCUUACCGGCAGCUUUUCCAUCCAGAACAGCUGAUCACUGGAAAGGAAGAUGCAGCUAAUAACUAUGCCCGGGGUCACUAUACUAUUGGUAAAGAAAACAUUGAUCUGGUGCUUGAUCGGAUCCGUAAGCUGACCGAUGCCUGUUCUGGGCUACAGGGAUUCCUGAUUUUCCACAGCUUUGGAGGGGGCACUGGCUCUGGCUUCACCUCCUUGUUGAUGGAACGCCUCUCCCUGGAUUAUGGGAAGAAGUCCAAACUGGAGUUUGCCAUCUACCCAGCCCCCCAAGUUUCCACUGCCGUGGUGGAGCCCUACAACUCCAUCCUGACCACCCACACCACCCUAGAGCAUUCAGACUGCGCCUUCAUGGUGGACAACGAGGCCAUCUAUGACAUCUGCCGUCGCAACUUGGACAUCGAGCGCCCCACUUACACCAACCUGAACCGUCUCAUCAGCCAGAUAGUCUCGUCCAUCACUGCCUCUCUGCGCUUCGAUGGUGCCCUCAAUGUGGAUCUGACAGAGUUUCAGACCAACCUGGUGCCCUACCCUCGCAUCCACUUCCCCCUGGUGACAUACGCACCCAUCAUCUCCUCAGAGCGAGCCUAUCACGAGCAGCUAUCAGUGGCAGAAAUCACCAGUUCCUGCUUUGAACCCAACAACCAGAUGGUGAAGUGUGAUCCCCGUCAUGGAAAAUAUAUGGCCUGCUGCAUGCUGUACCGUGGUGACGUGGUUCCCAAAGAUGUCAACGUAGCUAUCGCGGCCAUCAAGACCAAAAGAGCUGUCCAAUUUGUGGAUUGGUGUCCAACAGGCUUCAAGGUUGGCAUCAAUUACCAGCCUCCUACUGUAGUUCCUGGGGGAGACCUGGCCCAGGUUCAACGCGCCGUCUGCAUGCUAAGCAACACCACUGCCAUCGCUGAGGCUUGGGCCAGGCUGGACCACAAGUUUGAUCUGAUGUAUGCUAAGAGGGCAUUUGUGCACUGGUAUGUUGGUGAAGGCAUGGAGGAAGGGGAGUUUGCAGAGGCCCGAGAGGACUUGGCUGCACUGGAGAAGGACUACGAGGAAGUGGGAACUGACUCAUUUGAAGAAGAAAAUGAUGGGGAGGAAUUUUAAAAUACACUUUGUUAUUCAAUAGCACUAGAUUGUCUCUCACAUCUCUUUACUGCAUGUCUGCACUCCUGUCUGAAGCCUUCUCCAUGUGUGCAAUGUAUAGAGAAUGAAGAACAGAAAGACCAUCAACACACAGGAAAGCUAUCAUGUUUGGUAUAGCUGUCACCUUACCUAAUAAUGCAUGCUACUCACUCAAUAAAAGGGAGUGUAACAAGUAUUAGAUUCUC